AUGAUACAAUCAUCUAAUUUAAAUUGUUAUGAAGAACGAAUAGAUGAGUUCUUUUUAUCAAGAAAUGAAAAUGUUACAUACCUUGACAAAGGUGGGUGUGGUACCGUGUAUAAAGCUAUUUGGACUGAUGGAUACAUUCGAAAAUGGGAUUAUGAGAAAAAACAAUGGCAAAGAGUAAUUCUUAAAGUUAAUAAUGAAUGGAAAUCUUUUAUUAACAACGAAGAAAAUUCAGGAAUUAUUGGAUAUUCUGUAGCUUUAAAAAGUUUAAAAAAUUCAUUAAGGUUUAGUGAAAAUUUUCUAGAAGAGGUGAAACUUCAUCUACAGUGUCAGAUUUCAUCAUUUGAUCCAGUAAGAGGUUCUUCGAUUGUUCCGAUAUACGGAAUCACCUAUGAUCCUAAUAGCUGUGAAUACAUGGUGGUAAUGGAAUAUGUAUCAAAAGGGAAUUUACGAAACAAUUUGAAAAAUAUAAUGAAAGAAAAGUGGAAUAUUCGGUUGGAAAGAUUAUAUUUUACCACAGUUGGGCUUGCAGCA